AUGUUGGAUCAAAUCGUGAACCUGGUCAUCCGGCCUCCUCGUGCGGAGUAUUCAGUACAGACAGACCUGGUGGGGCCGCUCUUUGCGCUCAGAAGAAGGCAAUACCGCCGCCAUGACCUUCAGCUUGUAAAUAGCCGAGGCCACGUACUAGAAUGCAGUCACUACAUGCCGGCCCACAUCCCGCCCAAUCAGAAGCUGCCAUGUGUCAUCUACUGCCAUGGGAACAGUGGCUGCCGUGCUGACGCCAGUGAAGCAGUGUUUGUGCUGCUCCCAUCAAACAUCACAGUCUUUGCUCUCGACUUCUCAGGCUCGGGAAUGUCCCAAGGGGACUAUGUCACGCUGGGGAGAUUCGAGAUGGAGGAUCUUACUACUGUGGUGGAUCAUCUAAGAGCGGAAGGCAGCGUGUCGCUCAUAGGCCUGUGGGGGCGGUCGAUGGGAGCUGUGACCUCGCUCAUGUACGCGGCAAAGGAUCUGUCUAUAGCGGGGAUGGUGCUGGACAGCCCGUUUUCCAACCUGCCCAACCUCAUUCUGGAGCUCGUGGACACCUUCAAAAUCAAGCUGCCCAAAUUCACGGUGAAGAUGCUUGUUUAUUACCUGCGGAAUCUGAUCAAGAAGAAGAUACCUGAUUUCGACAUCAACGAUCUAGAUGCCGUGGGAGUGGCGAAGACCAGUUUCAUUCCGGUGUUGUUCGGGCAUGCUUCGGGAGACACGUUCAUUCUGCCGCACCACUCACAGCAAAUACACGAGGCCUACGCGGGUGACAAGAAUCUGAUCACCUUUGCUGGGGACCACAACUCCCACCGCCCCAACUUCUUCUACGACUCGGCUGCCAUCUUCCUUCACAACGUGCUGCAGCCACCCCCCAUACAGGAACCCCCCGCCUCCUCCCUCUAUAAUCACAUCCCUGGGGGGUCUGAUGCGCAACAGCCAGUGCCGCGUGCUGCUUAUGGUGGUGCUGCGCUCACUGCUGCUGCUGGUGCCGCUGCUGUUGGUGGUGCUGGUGGUGGUGGUGGUGGGGUAUCAGGCAGGAGUACAAGAGCAGAUGUCCCUCCAAGUGCUGACGAGUUGAACCCUCCACACACCACCUACCAGCGCCCACCCCCCCUUGCUGAGUCGCCAGACGAGCUACUGAGCAGUGAGGAGUUGGCGCGCUUCAUGGCACAGUUUGCUGCCUCCGUGCCACCUGGAGAAGAGAUGGCUAUGAUGAGGAUGAGAUGCUUCAACAAGCCAUUGCCCUUUCCUUGCUCGAUAUACAAGAUCAAGAAGGGGGGUCCAGUGUUCAUGGAACGAACUCUAGUAGAUGAUGACCAUUAUGCUGCCUGGUGGGUAGAUAGCAUGAAUGGAUGUACCUAG